AUGGAUGAGAAAGCAAAGAAUGGAAGGCUCGAAAGAGAGAUUAAACGAGUGAAUGAUGAAAAUGCAAAGAUGAGACAGCAAUUGCAAGUGUUAACGGCGGAGAACAAAGAAAAGGAAUUGGUACAGCAAAAACUCUUCGGUCAACGCAAGGAGUACCCAUGGUGUGAGCCCGACGGUCAGCCGCAAAUUUUACUACGGUUCUACAUAGAAUAUCUUGAGGCAAAAUACAAAAAACCGAUCACCAAGGUGCCAUUAGAUGAGAACGAGGAAACUGCA